GAUCGGUUUAAUGUCUGCAUGGGAUUUGAACUCAUCAUGGUAAAGCUACCUACGACAGGUAAGAAAAGGGUUAGGGUGUGAUUGUGUAGAGGGUAAAAGUUUCUGCGAUUAUAAUCUCUGUGACUUUGUGACUUUGCCAAAACGUGCAGCGCUGCCUGUUAAUAACAUGCAAGAGAAAUAAAAAUCCUAACAGAUAACAUCAACAUGUAGCGACAGCGGUCACCUGAACUUUUAGUGCCUUACAUGCAGACUUCAUUAGACGACAAACGAGAAAUUUGUGACAAUAAUUCCUACUCUAAAAGUCAUUAAUAAAUGUCAAUACACUUACAAAGUCGGUCACAGAGACUGUGACAAGACAGACGUUGCUGAAAACAAAAGCCUCAUUCUCAACUUCAAGGACUGAAAGACAGACUAAACAAAUGAAAACGCCUCAGCGGCCGUGUUCUUUGCGAUCAGCCAGGUGUGACAACGGCCUUUCACGCUCCACUGAUGGCAACUCAGAUCACUCGCCCCCAACGGCGCUGAAAGACUUUGGCUCCAGGGCACAAACUCACGCUGACGAUAGAAAACCUACCCCGACCCCACCCGACCCCACUACCCACCAAACAGAUCGACCGAGUGAUUGUAAAGCCACCAACAGACAGACUAACCUUGUCAGACCUUGGCUCAGACACGAGAGUGGUGCACGGUGUCAGCAGUGGAGAGCUGUGAAGGUAAUAUCGAUAAUAAUUGUCGAUAAUAUCGGUCUUACGUGAGAGGACUGUGCACAGUCCCACCCCACCCCAGCCACCCCUGUGCACGGCCCGUGCACCCUUCAGGCCGUGUGCAUGACUACACGCUUACCCGGGUAUUCGCCUUACGUCCACACCAAACAUCGUCUGACAACCAGCCUGUUGCUUAGCACCUCCACCUGUCGUGUAUUCAGGUACUACGAUGGCCAGUCGUCCCGUGAGCUCCGGUCCUGGCUCUUCCAAUGCCAGCUCGGUGGACCUCCCUCCCCUGACAGGAAUCAACAGACACGGAGCACUUCCCGAAGAAUGGACGCUUCCUCACGAGUGGAAAAUGGAAAGCGAGAACCGUUUGAGAACUGGAAAAUGGAUGUUCAGAAUCAAAUAGCACAUAUCGCGCAGACACUGGAUGCUUCCUUGAGACAUUACCCUCACCCAGAAGUUGGCAGAAGGUUCGACUACGCAGACAAAGUACAAGAAGCUGAGAGAGAAAAGCGGAAGUACUUGAGUGACCCGGAACGAGCCACUGCGCAUGCUCAAGACUUCUCAAGAACGUCACAUGCGAGACGACAGUUUUGAAAGUGCCUUUGAUGAGUAGAUGAAGAGACACACCACGAACUAAGUUACAUUUAGAUGAUUUGUUUGGGAUUGAGAUUAUGUGUGUACAUAGUUUGUGUGGAGCUUGUUUUACAGCAAUACGUGUGUACAUCGGUGUACACAUGGUCUGUGUGUACAUAGCUAGACUGGAGUAGGUAUGAGUGUGCGGUCUAAACACCUUUAUAAAAAUGCAUCUCUAUCCACCCUCAUGCGCACGAAUUAAGAUCACGCGCGAACUUACGUAAUGCCGAACUUGAUUGCAAACUCAUUACGACUACGCAUGCUCACUCAAUCUUGUCAUGUAUUCAAGAAUGUAUAUUAUUAUUAUACAUGUAUAUAUAUGUAUACUAUGUUGUUGUUAGUAAAAAAAAGAUUACAUCAAGAAAAAAAUGGCAUCUGCUAAAAAUAUAUGCUAUAAAGGGGGAUAACAAAAUGUUUUGUGGCUUAGUUUAUUUAUAGGUGGUCUCCCUUAGACUGUCUACGAUACAUGAACCUGAUGUUCUAGUCCUUCACUAGCUUCUGUCAAAUGAAAUGUCAACCUUCUCCUACCCACCCACCACAAUAAAAACAAACCAAAACGUAAUGUAAUAAAAUGCUGUGCUGAGUUCUCAUCAUUGACAGUUAUCCUGUGUGGUCCGGCAGUGAAAUAUUUAUUUAUUUGAAAAAUGUUGUUAUGUGAGAGACUUGGAAUGUACGUGGCAUCAAAAUGCUUAAAACCUUUAGGACAGCAAAACAACACUGAAAUGUAAAGUUACACUAAAAACUUCAGCUACCUCCUUCCUUCUUCUACUUUUUGUCACUCUCCUGCCCCAAUUUCUCUCUUUCUUUCGUUUUACUU